AUGAAAAUCUGCAGUUCCAGCGAUUCCGAGCCUCCAACAAGACCAAAAGCAGACAACACCACAGCCGAAGCAAAACAACAAUUCGACAGCCCUUCUGGAAUAACUAUGUGGCCCUACUACGACCUCGCCCGUUGUGAGGCCCACUAUGUGGUCAAAAACGCCGUUCGAAUAGCAGACACCAUUUUUCAAGCAGGCUUUCUCCCACGAGCUAAAUCAUAUUGUCCAGUUUCACCGAAAAUCGCCAAACCCUGGCCCCUUUGUGAACCAAAAUCACAUGCCCUAGACCCACCUUUCCAUAUAAAGCCAACACCCGGCACCGACGCAUUCAUCUAUGUACCGCCAAAGCCAUUCAAGGAAAGAGUUCUAAUCCCAGCAUCCACAGAAGUUGCAAAAAACCCUCUCAGUCUAUCAGGAGGCUCCAACCACCCCGAAUCAACUUGCGCACCUUGCCGACUCAACAACGGUAAUGCCGUCAAGUCUCCUCACGCCUCCAACCAAUCAUAA